AUGCCACACCAGGAAAGUGAGCAGAUAUGCGCCGAAAUUCUCAAAAGCUUGAGACCCGCGCAGGGUAUCGAAGCGAGCGCGUCGCUUGCAGGCAUCCUCAAACUUCUUCAUAACCACGAGACGUCCGAGUUGCAUGACUCCAUUGGGCAGUCAGUAGCAGGCUCCCUGCUACAGUUCUUCAUCAAUCCCGACGAAGCUUCCGGUAAUGACAGCUCCGUGCGCCGCUGGGCGGGUCUGGUCCUUUCUCAGCUUUGUCUCAAAUCAACGAGCACUGCGACUUCUCUUGGCGCCGAACAUAAUGCUUCUGCCGAUCUGCAAGGGCUUGGACGCGUCAUACUCUCUCAAACUGAGGGUGAAGAUCUGAAGAUAGUAUCGGGGAUGAUCAUCAAGAGCCUGGUGAAGCAAUGCGUCGAUAUUGGCCUUUGCUUGCCUUGUGAUACGCCGUACGAUCAAUUUCCAGCAAAAGACAGUGAUGAGUGGAUGCUUCAAUUCCAGGACUUCCUGGACGCAGUUUUGAAAGGGAAUCUGGACUUACUAAGGUAUGCACCAUAA